CUCUUUCCCAAAAAAAUGAAGAUUCUUCUCUCUCCUCCCUCGAAUCUGGACCUAUAUGUAUAGGACCAAAACUUUCCUCACGCUCUCAGGAUUCUUCUCUGAUUCAAUAAUCAGAACCCUACCUCUCCCGCAUCAAUGGCGCUUCAAAAAUCAUUCACGAAGCGUCUCCUCGACGGUUUCAAAACAUUCACAGCCAUUUCCUCUCCCCCACCACCUCAAUAUUCCCCCACGGUUCCUCCGAAUGCUUCCAAAACAAACAUUCAAAGCCACUGCGCUACCCCGUCGGGAUCCCCGCUUGACAGCGGCUUUUUCCGGCGGUUUCUCCACAGGAGAGUCGUGUGUCAUCCCGGGCAGACAAGCACCCCUGAUUUUCUGUCACUUCCCAUGGGAGACGAUCUCAGAGAGAAGCUGAAAAGCAUCAGCGUUACCGGAGACUUUCGCGGCCUUAUCCGGCCUCCACGCAACGCCGAGACACCGUACGGAAUAUCUGUGAAGGAGGCGAAGAAGAUUCUGGGCGCAUCGCAGCUCGAGAAGGUCAAAGCCAGACUAAGGGAAAUCCCAAAGACAUCCAUUUCUUACUCUGAAUAUGUUGGGAUCUGCGUUCAGGGGUGUGAGAAUGAAGAUCAAGGCGCGGAGUUCGCCAAGAAGUUGGAUGAGUCCGGAAGCGUCAUCGUUUUGGGAAACGUGGUAUUUCUGCGACCCGAGCAGGUGGUGAAAGCGAUGGAGAGGCUGAUAUGUGAAACGAUAGCGCAUCCAGAUGACAGAAGAAGGAAGGAGCUGGAGGAGAUGGAGAAGCAGAAGGAGAAGAUUGACGAGGAAGCGAAGGCGAUGGUGUGGAGGGAGCUGUAUGUGGGACUGGGUCUGAUGAUGGCGCAGACGAUUGGGUUGAUGAGGCUAACGUUCUGGGAGCUAAGCUGGGAUGUGAUGGAGCCAAUAUGCUUCUUCUUGACGUCGCUGCACGUGGCUCUGGCCUACCUCUUCUUCCUCAGGACUUCCACAGAGCCCACCUUCCAGGGCUACUUUCGGCGCCGAUUUACUGUGAAGCAGCACAAGCUGAUGCGAUCUCACAAUUUUGACGUCCAUAAGUACAACCAACUCUGCAAGGCUUGCUAUCCAAUCAGCCAAUGACUCAGCCCAAGUCGCAGCCCAUGCUCGUCUUUCCCUUUACGAGGCGAAUGCUUGCUCUAGUUUCACGCGUCAACUCGGUACACUUUGUUGGGCUUUGUACAUAGUUCCCCUAAGGCCUUUUUUUUAAUGGGUCACUCACUUGCGCCUUCUCAGCAACAAUUCUCAAAAGUCAAAAGAGGAUACGUUGAGUCUAACAGAAU